CCAGCACACAUUCCAUCCCUCUGAGCAUCCUCCAUCCCCCAGCACACAUUCCAGCCCUCCGCGCAUCCUUCCACCCCCCUGCGCGCCUUCCGUCUCCCCCGCGCAUCGCUCCGCGCUCCCUCCGCCUCUGCGCGCCCUCCAUCCUUCCGCGCACUCCUUCAAGCCCCGCUCCCCCUCCAUCCAUCCCCCAAGCAUUCCUCCAUCCCUCCGCGCACUCCUCCAUCCCUCCGCGCAUCCCUCAGCUCACUCCUCCAUCCCUCCACGCACUCCUCCGUCCCUCCGCGCACUCCUCCAUCCCUCCACGCACUCCUCUGUCCCUCCGCGCAUCACUCCGUCCCCCGCGCACCCCGCGCCUGUCCCCGCGCCGGCGGGGCCGCUCCUGCGCGGGGAUGGCGGAGCGGCCGCGCUUCCUCUGCGGCGUGGUGGAAGGUUUCUAUGGGAGACCAUGGUCAAUGGAUCAGAGGAAACUUCUCUUCCAAUGGCUGCAGCGCCGGGGGCUGAACUGCUACAUGUACGCACCCAAGGAUGAGCUGAAGCACCGGCUGCUCUGGAGAGAGCCCUACACAGAGCAUGAGGCAGCCCGCAUGCGGUCUCUCAUCGAGGCUGCCCAGGAGCAGGGGGUGGAGUUUAUCUUCGCCAUUUCUGCCGGCCAGGACAUGGUGUUUUCCAGCGCUGGGGAUCGCCUCCUGCUGCAGCAAAAACUCAGGCAGGUGGCUGCCAUGGGGUGCCGCUCCUUCGCGCUGCUCUUUGACGACAUCGACCCCUGCAUGUGCCAAGCUGACAGAGAUGUCUUCCCCUCCCUGGCACAGGCUCAGGCCUCUGUGGCCAACGAGGUGUACCAGGAGCUGGGCCAGCCCUCCAUCUUCCUCUUCUGCCCUACAGAAUAUUGCAGCUCCCUCUGCUCUCCCAGCCCCAGCCAGUCCUGCUACCUGCAGACCAUUGGCCAGGAGCUGCUUCCAGGGAUCGCUGUCAUCUGGACAGGCCCCAAGGUGGUGUCCCAGGAGCUCUCAGCAGAGCUGCUGGAGGAGGUGGAGGCCGUCCUGAGGCGCCGUCCCGUCAUCUGGGACAACCUCUACGCCAACGACUACGACUGCAGACGUGUCUUCCUGGGCCCCUACAUGGGCCGUGCUCCUGGCCUCAUGUCCAGGCUCCACGGGCUGCUCCUCAACCCCAACUGUGAGCUCCAAGCCAACUUCAUCCCCAUCCACACGCUGGGCACCUGGUUUGGGAGCGAGCAGGGGAGCUGUGCCCACCCUGAGCGUGCAGGAACGGAGGGAGCCCUGGGGGACAGCCAAGGAGCUCAGGAUGGAAGCUACAGCCCCCAGGAAGCCUUGGAGCUGGCACUGCGGGACUGGCUGGCUGAGAUAAACCAGCAGGCCUUGGAGCCAGGAGGAAGGACCCCUGGACACCCCAGUGUCAGCCUCAAGGGAGGACCAAAGCUGCAGCCUGGCACAGCAGGAGGACAGGAGGUCACUCCCGACCCUCAGCCCCACAGCUCUGCUCCUGGUGGGGCAGAUCAGCACAGCCCUGAGCCCUGUGGAGAGCCACCAGAGGAGGGGUGCAGGGAGGUGACCUCAGAGCCUGAGGGGGACAGUGGGAACAGGACACCCACUGGCCAUCAGCAGAGCCCUACAGGGGCUGGGGACCAGCUCACCACAGGGAGCUGUGUGCCCCCCUCUGCUCUGCCCAGUGAGGCUGGCAGUGCCCAGCCUGCAGGAAUCCCAGCGGCCACCGAGCCCCUCCCCAGCCUGAGCCCCACCACGAGCUCCAGCAGCGGGGCCAACGCCAGUGAGAACAUUCCCUUGCCCACCAGUGAUGCCAGGACAGGGCAUGGCAGCCCCAUGGAGUCUCCCAGCAGCACCCAGCCUGAGGCCAUCAGGACUGAUGUGCCCCAGACACCCCCAGGACCUGGGGCUGGUGCCAGCCUUGGUGUCCCAGUCCCACUGACUGAUGAGGUUGGUGCUAGCCCUGGUCCCGUGGCACCAGUGACCCCAGAGGAGGCUGGGCCGGGUCCCACGGCACCACUGCCCCCCAAGGAAGCCACAACCAGCCCCACAGCACAGGUGACCCCAGAAGAGGCCAGGACCAGCCCCAUGGCACCAGUGACUCCAGAGGAGGCUGGGCCUGGCCCCAUGACCCCCAAAGAUGCUAGGACCAGCCCCAUGGCAGAGACGACCCCAGAGGAGCCCCGGACCAGUCCCAUGGCACCAGUGACCCCAGAAGAGGUUGGGUCUGGCCCCAUGACCCCCAAGGAGGCCAGGACCAGCCCCACGUCACAGGUGACCCCAGAGUCUGGCCCCAUGACCCCCAAGGAGGCCAGGAUCAGCCCUACAUCACAGGUGACCCCGGAGAAGGCCAUGACCACCCUCACGGCACCGACGACCCCAGAAGAGGCUGAGUCUGACCCUAUGGCGCUGAUGACCCCAAAGGAGGCCAGACCCCACCCCACAGCACCGCUGACCCCAGGGGAAGCCGUGUCCAGCCCUACAGCACCACUGACCCUGGAGGAGGUGCGGAUGCUGGUGGAGCUCUUCUACCUGCCCUACCACCACGGCGCUCUGGCACAGGAGCUCCUGGAGCACUUUCGGUGGCUGCGAGCCAACAGCCUCAGCGUGGGGGUCCCGGCCACGGCGCCUGAUGCCUGCGGGGGCACGCGGUGGCGGGGCCGGGCUCAGUCCUUCCAGCUGCUCUGCGCACGGACGUGCCGCCUGCACAGCCGCUUCGUCAGCACGGCCAGCGGGGCGCUGCUCUACGACCUGCACCCCUACCUCUGGGACAUCCGCAACCUGCUGCUGGCCGCCAGUGCCUUCGUCCUCUGGCUGGAUGGUCACCUCCUCUGCGACCCUGACCCCAAGGGCACCUGGGGGAGCUGCUUUGGCUGGUGCCAGAGUAUCACUGCCCCGAUGCUGCUGGGGAGGGACGCCGAGCCCUGGGCGCGCCGUGGGGGCCUCUUUGGGGAGCUGCAGGCACUGCUGCCCGUGGGGAACAGCUGUGACCUCUUCUACCAUCCACCGCCGCUCUUCCCAUCCAGCCAGCUGUACCUGCUGCGCCCGCUGCUGCCCCUGGACAAGGGAGAGCUUUACCGCAUGUGCCGGGAGAGUUUGGACUGUGAUCCCAAAGUGGCAGAGAUCCUCGUGGCCCACCCGGAUCUCCUCGGUGACAGGCUCCUGGGCAGCUUCCUCAGCCUGAGCCCUGAGUACACCUUUGUGCUGGAGGACGAGGGUGGCCCCUGUGGCUACGCAGCCGGAGCGCUCCACGCCGAAGGCUUCCUGCAGCAGCGGGACAGCAGCUGGCUGCCAGCCAUCCGGCACAAGUACCCCCCCGAGCUGGGCACAGGGGGGCCAGCUCUGGGACAGGAUGCCCUGGAGGAAGCAGUGCUCUUCUUCCACGCAGAGCCUCUGGCAGUGCCCCAGCCCGUGCUGAGGCGCUUCCCCUCCCUGGUACAGCUGGGCACUGCCCCCCGUGUGCUGGACGUGGGGGCCAGUCGCAGCCUGGCCCUCUGCCUGCUGAGUGCGCUCAGGGCCAACGGGUCACGGGGAGUGUUCUGCCAGGUCAGCGACACCGACCGGCAGCAGCUGAGCUUCUACAGCAAGCUGGGCUUUGUCGCCCUGCCGGUGGCCUGGGGCAGCUCUCCCGGCUCUCAGCUCCUGGGACGACUCCUCUGACGGGGCACAGGGAAGCAGUGCCCCAGGCCAGGCUGGCUCCCAGGCCAGGCUGACCCCCCCAUCCCACACGGCACCAGCCUGAGCAAGCAGGAGCAGAGGGGCACCUCGAGCAGGCCAGGUACACAUGAGAGGGGACACGGGGGCGAGCAGGAUGUCACUGGGAUGUGUGCAGGGCUGUGAGGUGCCCGGGCAGCAGAGAGCUAUUCCUGCUCCUCAUGGGGUUUGGCCACCUCUGUGCCCCCCCUGUUGCUGUUUGCUGGGUACCCUGCACUUUGCAGGGGUGCCAGGCUGUCUGCAGACCCUCAGGCCUGCAGGAGCUCGUGGGCAAUGUUUGGGUUUGUGGUCCUGGGGCACAGCACGGUGCCUUAGUGCCACGGGAGUGUCCCUGUCACACCGGCUGGGCUGCCCAGCUCUCUCCAUCCCCCGUGUGGCCUGAGACUGGGCAGCCGGUGCUGGGGCUGGCUCUCGGCACUGAGGACCUGCUUGUCUGUACGGAUUGAUCCGGUAUGGGAUGUGGUGAGGCAGCCUGUAUUUCUGUGCCUGGGGCCUGAGGGAAGCGCUGUCCUUGGCAAUAAAGCGUUUGCUGGGCUCUCA